GGAAGAAAGAUACGUAAAUUUCUGUAGUUUUGUUUAUUUUUUUCUUGUAAACUAGCUCUCGGGAGGAGUCGGAGGAGUACAGUGGCCCAAAGCGCGGGAAGAUAUACGUCAUAAGGAUAGCGUGAUGUGAAUCACGUGAAUGCUUCAAUAUUUCUUGAUUCCAAGAAAUCAAUCUGAACACGAAUUAAUCCUCAAGGUAUAAACAAGAUAAACUCGUUCUCAAAAUCUAUGUGUUAAUUAUUCGUUAAUCAUGGCGAUGCCUAAUGCAACAGACAUAACAAAGGCAUCAGAAAUUUUAACCUCAAUCUCGGCAAGUCUUUCGAUGGUUGGCGCAAUCGGCAUCAUCGCUACUUACAUUACAUGGCGAGAGAUACGUUCUUCUCCUCGUAAGAUUUUAGUCUACAUCUCGAUCGCGGAUUUCUUUACAGCUUUUGGUAACAUGUUUUCUGUUCUUAUGAGCUCACAUGGGAAUGAUGAGAAAUUAUUAUGUGAAGCGCAAAGCUUCAUUACGACAUGUUCUAGUCUGUGGUCAUUCUUUUGGACAACAUUCUUGGCUAUUUAUCUUUACUGUAGUGUGGCGUUGAGAAAACCGAGCCUUGCCGAGCGUCUGCUUUUGUUUUUUACCUUCUUUGGUUGGGCUAUCCCACUUGUUAUAACUGCCAUAGCCCUUGGAAAAGGAGCGCUGGGGGAUGAUGACAAUAAUUUCUCUGCUGGCUGGUGUUGGAUCAAGACCAAGGGCAAGAACAAAACAGAGCAAUUAUUAUGGAUGUUGUUUACUGGCAAAGCUUGGGAAAUCGCCACUUACAUAUUGAUAGCCGUGUUCUACACAGCUUUGAGAUGUUAUAUUCACAAAGAUAUAACACGUGGAGGUGGACAUUUCAAUUCAGAUACUUCCCAGCAGUCAGCAAUCAGGGCUGAAAGAAAGCUGACCUUGGUUCCUGUGAUAUUUAUCUUCCUACGCAUGUGGGGUACAUUACGUUUCAUCCUACUCCAGGUACAACAGCCAGAACAAUUUGAUCAACAAAAGUUAGAUUUCCUCGUGUAUCUGCAGGGUAUUGGAGACAGUGCCCAAGGAUUUGCCAAUUUUUUGCUGUUUUGUUUUUUCACUGAAAAAUUUCAGAAAAAACUUGCCACAUUUUUCUUUUCGUGUUGGAAACCAAAAUCAUCAUCUGUUGAUGAGUCAAAUGAUCAGCUGCAAAAACACAAGGGUCAUUCAAAAAUAAAUAAAGUAGAUGAAAACUCACCCUUGCUGAGCAGUAUGGACAGACAUCCUUAAUAUAAUCAAUCUUCUGUGUUGUAAAGCACUGUCAACCACAUAUGGUAUAUUCUUGUCAAAACAAUGUCGUGGCUGCUUUAACCAUCACAGCAUCUCGAUUAGAUCUACAGAACUGUAGAUUAACAUUUAGACACCUCUGAUGUUGAACUAUGUGCCAUCAAGCACUUAACAGUUGUGAUUCAUACUCUUAGUUAUUUAUCUAGAUUCUUAGAAACAAACAAUUAUAAACUUGAAAGGGCAUUAUACUUUAUUGAUGUGACAGUUUAGCUAAACAAGAUUGCCCUAGUUAGUUUAGAAAACAAGGACACAGUUUUCUUAGAAAGUGUGGGGUUGUGAUUCAUGUCAUGAUAUGGGUGUUGUGGCAUAUAACUCAUACAUAUAUAUAUUCAAAUUGAUCCAAUAUUCCGAUGGCAAUAGCCUAAUGAUUACAUCAUUGUCAUUACUGAGGUCAGAGUAGAUGUUGACUACCCUUUAAUAGAAAUCUAGACUAUGUAGAGGAGGGCAUGUCAGGUUCAUGGGAGGUCUUAUGUAAGCGUGAGUUAUUACGUAGGCAUUUCUGGUCAGAUUAUCUAUCUAGUUUGUACAUUUGUACAUUAAAACACAUGUUGCAUCAGCAAUGCACUUGUUUCAACUUUCAUAGUAGUAGCUACACUGUAUUAAGCUCGCCUGGCCUUUUAGCAUUUAUAGCACCAGCAAUUGUGUACCCAAAAGAUGAAUACACUGUAGAGUAUACAAAUCCUAGUAUUAGUUUAGCAGUAAAGCAUUACAACCUUUUCAAAAAAAAUCUUAAAGCCUCUAUAAUAUCAAAUUAUUGAUAGUUCUAUGAUGCACUUCUAGUCCAGCUGAUAGGAGCACAGUCCAUUUUGUCUUGUCUAAUGUCUUGUCUUGUCACCGGCUUAUCUUGUCUUGUCGUYUUUUGUUUUUGUCUUGUCUUGUCUUAUCCAUUGCUUUAGUCAAUCAGCAACAAAUAGAUUUUCUCCGCAUGGACCAGCCACUUAGCUCGAUUAGCUAUUGCUAUUUCUAAUUGGCUGUGCUCUUAUCWCCUGCAAUUUCAACUAUUAUUAUUUAUAUCUGUAAACUAUUGAGCACAAUAAAGAUUGAUUGAUUGAUUGACUGAUACGUACAUCUUUCUGCAACCCAGUUGUAGUGAGGACCAAAAGUUAGAUAAUUCACUGGUUUAUUGCUUCACCCUCUGUAAAUAAAGUUUAUUAUAUUAUA